UCCAUCUCUGGGCGCUGGAAACAUUCAUCCCUGGGCUGCUAAGGAGCCCAACGCGAUCGGAUUGUUCUUGGGGCACUUGUGAUUUAUGAAGUUCCAAAAAGGGUUAAGUCCAGUUGUAAACCCGACCACGGGUAGGGGAUAGUGAAAACUGCGGUUGGUCGCGGAGGGAGGGAAGGCGCUUUUAUUUGGAAAUCCUAUAGACAAAGAAUAUGGGAGGUGGGGUAAGGGCUUAAACUUGCACUGCCGGCGAGCAGGGUGCGGAAUUAGAUGGGAGAAAUGUAGAGCUUCUGGGCGCGAGUAGCCUCUGCUGUCCCGGGAACUGCUGUUGCUGCCUCUAUUACUCCACUUCUUUCACAUUGCUGCGUUAUCUUGAAACAUUGCAAGUAGACUUCUGCUGACCAGUGCCAUGUUUCAUUCCCUCCACACUUUGUAGUUCUAAGAGAGGAGGCAACAUGUUGGGGGAGGGCAGUAAAUGAAACGGCCGGCUCUCGCUCAGCAACGCACCAGACGUACAUUUAUGUUUCUGGACAGAAGCUUUGAACUUGGAAUUAGGAAUGUAGUGGCAUGUAUCGUUAUCAUUAGUAGUAUAACUUCUCUCUUUUGUGUGCGUGCCUGUGUGUGUUUUGGCCAAACCCACAGUAACUAAACAUACUCCUUAUACAAUCAAUGAAUGUACUAAAUUCCUGGGAUUUAUUGCAAUCUCUUAUGAAUGAUUUUCACUGAAUACCUUUAUAUUUUCUUGCACUGGCUUACAAGAAAAAAAAGACUAGAAGAAGAAAUUAAGAAAAGGCAGUUGCUUCACAGAAGCGUAAGCUUUCCUGUUUACCGCAAGGCCGGGGCGGGCUUGGCUGCCCACACCCCUCGGACCCUGAGCACACCUGUUCCUAGAGAGUUAUUAAUAGACCCCAAAGAAUGACUUACUCUGUCAAAUGAUUUUCGUGCAAAUCUAAUGUCUUGCAAGGCAAUUAGGAGGUGGUUCUCAGCUCUUUUAGCUGGGUGGUUGUGGCAAGCAGAGGUGGUGUGCGUCUCCACCCUCAUAUUAGCGGUUGGGUCUCUUCCGAGGUGAGACCAAGACCAACACCAAGGUGAACCCGCUGCUGCUGUUUCCGAGGCCCUCUCCAACCAAGGCAAAGCGACACAAAAAGCCUGGAACUCUCGGACAGAACCACCUCCCGCCGCAAGUGAAGGCUCGCUCGGCCUCGCCCUCUAGCGUUCUUCUGGAGAAGCGCCACCCCCGGAUUCCUGGAGACACUGUGCACCAUGGGGUCUACCAGCGUCCCGCUGGUGAAGGCCCUCCGCAGUCCUGUCUCCGACUAUGUCAACUAUGACAUUAUCGUCCGGCAUUAUAACUACACAGGAAAGCUGAAUAUCGGCGCGGACAAGGAGAAUGGCAUUAAACUGAGCUCGGUGGUGUUCAUUCUCAUCUGCUGUUUUAUCAUCCUAGAGAACAUCUUUGUCUUGCUGACCAUUUGGAAAACCAAGAAGUUCCACCGACCUAUGUACUAUUUUAUUGGCAACCUGGCCCUCUCAGACCUGUUGGCAGGAGUGGCCUACACAGCCAACCUGCUCUUGUCUGGCGCCACCACCUACAAGCUCACCCCCGCCCAGUGGUUUCUGCGGGAAGGGAGUAUGUUUGUGGCCUUGUCUGCCUCCGUGUUCAGCCUCCUAGCCAUCGCCAUCGAGCGCUAUAUCACAAUGCUGAAAAUGAAACUCCACAAUGGGAGCAACAGCUUCCGCUCCUUCCUGCUGAUCAGUGCCUGCUGGGUCAUCUCCCUCAUCCUGGGUGGCCUGCCCAUCAUGGGCUGGAACUGCAUCAGCGUGCUGUACAACUGCUCCACCGUCCUGCCGCUCUACCACAAGCACUAUAUCCUCUUCUGCACCACUGUCUUCACUCUGCUCCUGCUCGCCAUCGUCAUCCUCUACUGCCGGAUCUACUCCUUGGUCAGGACUCGGAGCCGCCGUCUGACCUUCCGCAAGAACGUGUCUAAGGCCAGCCGCAGCUCGGAGAAGUCGCUGGCGCUGCUCAAGACCGUGAUUAUCGUCCUGAGCGUCUUCAUCGCCUGCUGGGCGCCCCUCUUCAUCCUACUCCUGCUGGACGUGGGCUGCAAGGUGAAGACCUGCGACAUUCUCUUCAGAGCCGAGUACUUCCUGGUGCUGGCAGUGCUCAACUCCGGGACCAACCCCAUCAUUUAUACUCUGACCAACAAGGAGAUGCGCCGGGCCUUCAUCCGGAUCCUGUCCUGCUGCAAGUGCCCCAGCGGGGACUCCGCGGGCAAAUUCAAGCGACCCAUCAUUGCCGGCAUGGAAUUCAGCCGCAGUAAGUCGGACAACUCCUCCCACCCGCAGAAGGACGAUGGGGACAACCCAGAGACCAUUAUGUCCUCUGGAAAUGUCAACUCUUCUUCCUAAAACUGAGUGCUGCCGACCCACGGGGAGAAUUCUUGCGCGGUCACCCACCACCCAGUGUUUGGGGGGGGGGGAAAUCUCUGUCUCGACUACUGCCAGGGAGGAGCUGCUGGGAGCCAGAGGGAGGGCGGGCAUAGUAAGAGCAGCCUGGUGGUGCCGGGGUGUUGGUGGGUUAGUUCCUGUGAACAAUGCACUGGGAAGGGUGGAGAUCAGGUCCUCGUCUGGAAUCUAUUUCCUAACCCCCCCGCCCUGGAGCUUUGAUUUUGCACUGAGCCAAAGGUCUAGCAUCGUCAAGCUCCUGAAGGGUUCAUUCGGCCCCUCCUGGAAGACUAAUGUCCCAGUGUGAAAGCGACUGUCCGGAGCUUUGAGAUGUUUUCUUUCACCUUUCCAGCCCAAGGGAUUGUGUACACUUCUGCUUCUCUGGGUAUGCUCUGCAUAUCCCACCCUCCCUCCGCCUUCACACCCCUCCUCAAAAUUCUUUUACUUUAUAUUCGAACUACCUGGCUUUCAUCAGAGCUGGGGUUGUGGCAUGGUCCAUUUCUUGAUGGUUUGUAGCAGGUAGGCUGAGUCCAGGAGGUCAACUGUGAGGAAUGGAGAUGGUUUGGAGAUAUAAAGCAAUUUUAUUUCCCGAGGCCAAAGUUUCCAUGUAAGCUGGAUCAGUUUUUUGGAAUUUGGUUAAAGUCACUUUGAUUUUUUUUCUUUUAACAACUUUACAAGGAAAUGUAUUACAGUGUCAGUAUCCAUUGUGGCUGAAAUCUGCAUAAGGAAGUCCAAUUUAUCUAAAUGGUAUCAGGCAGGAUCCUUUGUGUCAUAGGAGAAACAAACUAGCAAAACCAGGUGAAAACUGACUGGGGGGGGUGGGGUGACUGUAAACCAAGAGAGAUUUCUUAAUGAAUCUGUCUAACAAAUACAACAUCUGUCUUUGGCACUUUGUUGAUGUUUAUUUCAGAGUGUUGUUGUGAAUUAGUUCAACCAACAGGAUGGUUGUAUUUUGUUGUGUUAAAAGUACUUUCAGUGAUUUUUGAAUGUAUUUGUUUCAGCAUUUUAUUGGAUUUUUCUAACUUGUGUUAACACCGUUGAAAGUGUAUUUCCUAAGAAAAUACAAACUUCUUGUGCCAUUAAAGCAUUACUUUAACUGAUAGGGAAUACCAGAAGUUUUUCAAUACAGCUGUUCAUUAAAUAGUCAGUUAAAGAUGUGUAUAAAUGUUACAAAAAAAAUAUAUUGCUGUCUCUUUAGUAUGGUUUUCAGUGCAAUUAAACUGAGAAAUGUCUUUU